AUGGCAGAGCUGGAUCCGAGUGUGCAUUUCGACCGCUUCCAUUUCAGUGCUGGAGCUCCUUCAAAUAGCUUUAGAAGUAAAAGGGGUCUUCGGCAGGGAUGCCCACUGUCUCCUCUCUUGUUUAACUUGAUGGGUGAAGCGUUGAAUGGGGUGCUACAGAAAGCGGUGACCCUCAGUUUAUUGCAAGGAAUUAAAGUCGGGCAAUCGAGCUUGAGAGUUUCUCAUUUACAAUUUGCGGACAACCUUGAAAUAUUUUUGGAAGCGAACAUUGCAAUGGUAGGAAACAUAAAAAGGGUCCUUAGGGUGUUUGAGUUAGCAUUUGGGCUCUCCCUUAAUAUGUCGAAAUCGAAAAUGUAUGGAAUAGGGGUGGAUGAGUCUCAAUGUUCGAAGUGGGUUGCGUUUCUAAAAUGUGGUGCAGAUUCAUUUCUCACAAAAUACUUGGGCCUUCCUCUGGAGUUUCAUCGAAAUACUGCUAAGUUGUGGAACCCGAUCCUGGAAAAAUUCCAGUCCAAACUCGAUGGUUGA